CAUAUCUACCCCAAUACUCAACCUCAUUUCUUCUGUUUCUGGCAAGACACGUCUUGCACACAUUUCCACCCCGCUCGUUCUUUCCUGACUGGUGAUCGAACAGGCGGAAUCGUAUCAAAACGUUUCCCCGCCUUGUGCAACACUUCAUUGCUCGCGACUUGUCUACCUGCAGGCACGGUUCCUUGGGGAGGAGCAGCCUUGACGGUGCGCGGCUGUGAUUCACCUUUUCCAGAAUCUACAUUUGGCCUGGCCUUGCUUAGUGGGCGCAUCUGCCUUUCCAUAUCCUUCGCCGAACCGAAACCGAGAUCUGAAUCCAACUUUGAAUUCUAUCCCACCCCGCCACCAGCACAACCGCCUUGGUGGUUUUCCAAGUAUUCAAGGACCUCUCACAAUCCUUAAUACUAUCUGAACACAUACAUCAAGAUGUCGCAAACACGUACGACCACGGCCACCUCGAUGCCCCCUGUGCCUAAUCGAGAGGACCUCGAUGCAACAUGGAAGUAUCUCGAGGCUGGCGUUUCGAAGAUUAUGAGUAAUCUCCAGGAAGGCAUGGACAUGCCCACAUACAUGGGAGUCUACACAGCCGUCCACAACUUCUGCACGUCACAAAAAGCCGUUAGCAACCACAGCGGGGUCAUCGGAGGCGCGCAUCGAGGAGCACACCUUCUUGGAGAAGAUCUCUAUCAGAACCUUAUCACCUACCUGAACAGUUACCUCAGGGAACUCGUUGCUGUUUCGCGGACACAUGCAGAUGAGGCUCUCCUUACUUUCUACAUUCGCGAAUGGGACCGAUACACUAUCGCUGCGAAGUACAUCAACCAUCUUUUCAGAUAUCUGAAUCGACAUUGGGUCAAGCGCGAGAUGGACGAGGGAAAGAAGAAUAUCUACGAUGUCUAUACACUUCACCUGGUACAAUGGCGCAUGACUCUGUUCAGCGAGGUCCACGAGAAGGUUAUGGAUGCCGUCUUGAAGAUGGUUGAGAAGCAACGUCACGGCGAGACGAUUGAGCACAGCCAAAUCAAGAGCAUUGUUGACUCAUUCGUAUCACUGGGUCUCGACGAGGCUGAUCCUACCAAGUCAACACUCGAUGUCUACAGAUUCAACUUUGAGAGACCAUUCUUAGAAGCUACCAAGGCAUUCUAUCAAGCCGAGUCGAAGCAAUUCGUGGCCGAAAAUAGCAUUGUAGAGUACAUGAAGAAGGCUGAGAUCCGAUUGGACGAGGAGGAAGAACGUGUGAACAUGUAUCUCCACCAGGAUAUCACUGUACCACUCAAGAAGACCUGCAAUACCGCUCUCAUUGCUGAUCACUCCGGUAUUCUUCGAGAUGAAUUCCAGGUUCUCCUCGACAACGACCGUUACGAUGAUAUGCAACGCAUGUAUAACCUUCUUUCCAGAAUUCCGGAUGGUUUGGACCCUCUCCGUGCGAAAUUUGAGGCCCACGUCCGCAAGGCUGGUCUUGCCGCGGUUGCUAAGGUUGCAGUUGACGCAGACAAGCUGGAGCCUAAGGUUUAUGUUGAUGCCCUUCUCGAGAUUCACACACAAUACCAAGGAUUGGUCAAGCAGGCUUUCAAGGAUGAACCUGAGUUCACUCGAUCUCUCGAUAACGCAUGCAGAGAGUUUGUUAACCGAAACCAAGUUUGCAAGUCUGGAUCGAAUAAGUCUCCUGAGCUUCUCGCCAAGUACACCGAUGCUCUGCUCAAGAAGAGCGCCACUGGAGCUGAGGAGAACGACCUUGAGAACACUCUUACGCAAAUCAUGACCGUCUUCAAGUAUAUUGAGGAUAAGGACGUGUUCCAGAAGUUCUACUCUCGAAUGUUGGCUCGUAGAUUGGUGCAUACCAGCUCGUCGUCCGAUGAUGCAGAGACAAGCAUGAUUAGCAAGCUCAAGGAGGCAUGCGGUUAUGAGUACACCAACAAGCUUCAGCGCAUGUUCCAGGAUAUGCAAAUCUCCAAGGAUUUGAAUACCGGCUUCAAAGACUUCGAGAGUGGUCUGAUGGAGCCAGGAGAUGAUAAGCCCGUCGAUGCUACCUACUCGAUUCUUGGUACUGGUUUCUGGCCAUUGAACCCUCCCAACACCGACUUUACCCCACCUGCUGAGAUUGCGAAGGCCUAUGAGCGCUUCCAGUCCUUCUAUAACCAAAAGCAUAGUGGCAGAAAGCUUACUUGGUUGUGGCAGCUAUGCAAGGGUGAGGUGAAGGUCAAUUAUCCCAAGGGCAUGAAGACCCCAUACACUUUCCAAGUCUCAACGUAUCAAAUGGCCAUCUUGUUACUCUUCAACGAGAGUGAUAAGAACAGCUAUGAUGAUAUCGUCAAGGCUACCCAACUUCAGGCUGAUGUUCUCGACCCUGCCCUUGGUAUCUUCCUCAAGGCCAAGGUUCUCAAUAUGAGCCCCGAUGGAGACAAGCCCGGUCCAGGCAAGAUGUUCUCCUUGAACUACGACUUCAAGAGCAAGAAGAUUCGUGUCAAUUUGAACAUCGCUGUCAAGUCGGAACAGAAGCAGGAGGUUGAUGACACACACAAGACCAUCGAGGAGGACCGAAAGCUGCUUAUGCAGUCCGCUAUUGUGCGUAUCAUGAAGGCCCGCAAGAAGAUGAAGCACACCCAGCUUGUCAGCGAGUGCAUCAACCAAAUCCGUUCUCGAUUCGUACCCAAGAUCCCUGACAUCAAGAAGUGUAUCGACAUCUUGUUAGAGAAGGAGUACUUGGAGCGUUUGGAUGAUGACGAGUUGGGUUAUCUUGCUUGAACAUGUUUCCUUUCCAUUUUCUGCUGUCGCGGGUUGUGCAAUAGACUUGGGCGCGGGGAAAGAAAUAAUGGCAACAUUCACACACACGACUAUAUGGUGGCCUCUCUCUUGUCUGGACUGGGUCACCAACGACGAGAAGAAUCCUGGGUCUUGAUUGCAUAUGGGAGGGGGUUGCUAUAUUGAGCGCAUGCAACGAUUUUCUUUCAUCUUUGUCCAUGCCGGGCCCGGCUCGGAUCGAGGCCAGGGUCACGGAACGGCACGAUUGGGGAGACUCUCAUGACUCACGGCAUAAAUAAGCAUUGCUCUGGGGUAGGAGGAGUUGACUUUGAUACCGUGGAUACCUUUGCAGUCACCAAAAGACAGAGACUGUAAAAAAUAUUGCAAUUCAGAAAGCCUUGAAAAUAA